AUGGAUUCCAACCUUGAUCCAUCAGAAGGCGGUCGUCAUUAUCUGCGCAAACCUAGCAUCCUUCAACUCAUCGAGGACAGUCUGUCCGGGGACGAGGAAGAUGCGUCUACAGGUGAUAGGAUAUGGAGAGAGAAACGAGACUGGAACGACGACGCUUUCAAUCAUCGGAUCAUCGAUGGGCGGGCUCGGCUCGACCAAGACGCUUGGAACUUGACCCCAUCACAGUCAGCCACGACAUCGUACGCUCCAUCUAUGGCAAACUCUAGUAGUUCCUUCUAUCCAACAAAACCAUCUGCUCCUAGCGUAGCACAAGAAGAUGACGGUGAUAACAAGAGCGGGAUCUCAAAGUACACGUAUUACAGCGACCUCGACGCCGAGAAAUUCAUCAGAAAGAUUGAAGGAAGGGCAUACAACGCUCUCAACGAGACCUACUUUCUCCCCGCUGAUGAAGAUGAAUGGACUCGCUUAAAUAAGCAACAUCUCGCCUUUAUGGUUGCACUGGGUGAACUAUAUCCGGAGCCCGGCGUCGUUCGCGCACUACUGGCACCAUCACCUAGUGGAGGACGAAAGCGUAUUCUAGACCUAGGAUCCGGAACAGGUGUAUGGGCGACAACGAUGUCACGCAACUUUCCGGAUGCGGAUGUAGUUGGAAUCGAUCUUGCACCUGUUCCACUCGACCUCGAAAGCGUUCCGUCCAACUGUCGCUUUGAAAUAGACGACAUCAAUCUCGGUCUCGAACACUUCAAAGAUUCUUUUGAUCUCGUUCAUGCACGACUCAUUGGUAGCGGCCUCAAAGACUUUCGCAAGACGCUGCGAGACGUCCACGCAUGUCUACGUCCUGGUGGCAUGAUAAUAUGGGUCGAUGUAGAUUACGAUAUGUACACAGGCGAGGAGCCUACGUACGCGAGGUUCGCACUUGACGAAGACGAGUUGAAUCCCACCCAAAAUCAACGGUCUUGGACACAAAGGGUGAUCUACGAGAUGAGGAGGGGUGCGGUAGGCACAGGAAGGAGCGAUCUCUUUACCAUGGCCACCGCGCUAGACGAAGGGUUGUGGGACGAUGCACUCCUUGACCCAGACACAUGUAGAACGGCUAGUUUAUAUCUCCCCCUUGGACCUUGGUUGCAGGGAGCCACCGACGGACAAACACAGCGGCUCAAAUAUGUGGGCUCACUCAUACGUCAAGAUAUGGUUGGCGUACAAAGAGCUAGUCAAGCUGUGAUGAAGAAGCUCGGUUGGGAUCCUAAAAGAGUGGAGAAAUGGUGCAAGUUUGCUGAAGAUGAAUUAAUGGCGAUGGACCCAAAGAUGUGGGUCAGAAUACGCUAUGCAUGGGGACGUCGUCGGGCCGCCAAUGGAUCUGCUCCGUCACUUCCUCCUUCACCCAAACACUCUCCAGGGUCUGAAAGUGAAGCGGGGAGCAUCUCUGCGUGGCCAUAUUACUUUGUGUAUACCACACGCGAGGAAGCUAUCAAAGAGAUGCAAGUGCGCAAUGAGGGAAAAGACAUCACGCCUCCUCCUAGUCCAGCCGCUCGCAAGCCGUCUGCGGUGGCUCCUGGAAUCGAUACAAAGUGA